AUGUCUUCGUAUGCAAAGUUUUUGAAGGAGCUCCUCACGAAGAAAAGAAAAUACAUUGAAAAGGAGACCAUUGAAGUGCAAGGAGAGUUGGAAGUUGGAAGAGCAUUGAUUGAUUUGGGAGCUAGCAUUAAUUUAAUGUCGCUCUCUAUGUUCAAAAGAAUUGAAGACAGGUCUCUUAAAUACCCGUAUGGGGUGGUUGAAGAUGUGUUGGUGAAGGUGGACAAAUUUGUAUUUCUAGUGGAUCUUGUCAUAAUGGAGAUGGAGGAGAAUGAAGAUGUGCCUCUUAUUCUGGGGAGACCAUUUAUGAAGACUGGUAGAGUCUUAAUUGAUGUGGAGAAUUACAAUCUUAAAGUAAGAGUGCAAGAUAAAGAAGUGAAUUUUGACGUAUUCAAAGCUAUGACACAUCCUAAGGAUGAUAAAGCAUGUUUCCAAUUUGAUAUGCUUGAUGAAGUUUGUAUGGUGCAAGAGAAGAUGGUGCGUUAUUCUUCUUCAUUAGAAAAAACUCUCGUUGAUGCAUGUGAAGAUUUGAAUGAAGAGGAAGAGAAAUUAAUUGAUGAAUGUAUGACAUAUUUGCAAUUGUUAAAGGAAAUCCCAGUGGAGGAGGCUACUUUUGAGAAGAUUGAUACCAAAGAAGAAGUUAAAGAAAAGAAUUUGGAAUUAAAGAUGUUACCAUCACAUUUGAAGUAUGCUUUCUUAGAAGAGGAUGGAGCGAAACCAGUCAUCGUUAGUAAUUCUUUGCUUCCUGAAGAAGAAGAAAAGUUGGUAGAAAUAUUGAAAGCCAACAAAGAAGUUAUUAGAUGGUCAAUCUUAGAUCUUAAAGGUAUAAGUCCAACUUACUGCAUGCAUAAAAUAUUUAUGGAGGAGGACUAUAGACCAGUUGCUCAACCACAGAGAUGGUUAAAUCCUGUGAUGAAGGAGGUGGUUAGAAAAGAAGUAUUGAAGCUUCUGGAAGCUGGAAUUAUAUAUCCAAUCUCUGACAGUGAAUGGAUGAGUCCAGUACAGGUAGUGCCAAAGAAAGGUGGGAUGACAGUAAUUUAUAAUGAUAAGAAUGAGCUCAUUCCUACUAGGACAGUUACUGGGUGGCGAAUGUGCAUUGCCACUAGGAAGGAUCAUUUUCCCCUUCCUUUUAUGGAUCAAAUGCUGGAAAGAUUGGCAGGUCAUGCUUUUUAUUGCUUUCUAGAUGGAUAUUUUGGAUACAAUCAAAUUGUGGCAAUUUUCAUGGAUAUCAUAGAAAAAUGUAUUGAAGUCUUCAUGGAUGAUUUUUCGGUGUUUGGAGAUUCUUUCCAAAGAAGAUUUAUUAAAGACUUCUCGAAGAUUGCUAAACCAUUGAGUAAUUUGCUUGUUAAAGACGUAUCCUUUGUGAUGAAUGAAGAAUGUUUAAAAGCUUUUGACGCCUUGAAAAGUAAAUUGGUUUCGGCCCUAGUGGUUGUAGCUCUAGAUUGGAAUCGAAAUUUUGAACUAAUGUGUGAUGCCAGUGAUUAUACAAUAGGUGUUGUGCUUGGUCAGAGAAAAAAGAAGGUAUUUCACAUUAUCUAUUAUGCUAGCAAAGUUUUGAAUGAUGCCCAGUUAAAUUAUGCCACUACUGAGAAGGAAUUUCUAGUUAUAGUUUAUGCCUUGGAGAAAUUUAGGCCUUACCUUAUUGGGUCUAAGGUGAUCAUUUACACGGAUCACGCGGCUAUAAAGUAUUUGUUAACAAAGCCGGAUUCUAAGCCACGUUUGAUUAGAUGA